CAGGGCUUGCUUUUGUCAUAGGGAGGCAAUGUUUAUGAAUAACGUUAUUUUGACUGAGCAUGUUAUACCGCGUUAAAAGAGUGGGCGUCCAUAUGGAUCAGACGUAGCUAACGUUAAUCCUUGUGCUAAAUUAUCCAAACGAGGGUCCUGUUAUUGGUCUAAUAAUAUCAGUGCAAAAGUAAUGUUUAUUAUCAUCUAUUGACGCAUAUAUACGCAAGUAUAAGAGGCAUUUGCGGGUUCCGGGCACUGAACAGCAUAUUAUACGUGUAGGAUUAUCUGUUCGUCUCAUGUGUGCGCCAUAAUCCGAUUGCCUUCAGAAGGUUGGGACAAAAUUUGACUGACAUGCUUGCCAACCUAUGAGGCUGCAACAUUAAAGCGUACACCCAAUAAGAGAGGGUCACGGGGCGGGACGCAGCCUUGUGAUUGGCUGUGAUCUUAAAUGCGCAGUCCCAGGAGCACGCGUUCUGAACAUUACCAGAAUCCGAAUCAAACAACAGGACAACGAGGGUUAGUCUGAAUUUUACCUAGUUUGGAAACCUUAUUCUGAAUGUCCCACAACUUUAACGAAAUAAUUUGUAUAUAAGUAAUUGUAGCUUCAGUGAGACCCAGGCAGAGAUGUCAAGCAAUCAAAGAAGACCACAUUUCUGGAGCGAAGAGGAGACAGAUUUCCUUUUGCAAACUUUAAAAGAGAUGAACAUAGACCGCUACAAGGACGGCCGGAAGCACCGCAACAGCCUAGUCUUCAGGAAGGUUUGCGCCAAGCACAGGGAGGCAGGAUUUGCGCGCUCAUGUGAUCAAGUCAAACACCGCUGGAAAACCCUCAAAUCUAUUUACUAUAAGGUCAAGAAACGCAACUAUAACAAUAACAAUGGGGAGUUUAAACAUUAUGAUACGAUGGAAGAAAUUUUUGGGCACAGACCUUCGGUUAUUACCAAUCAAAUUGAAGUUGACGUCGAUGAUAAAGACGGAUCCCCCUUAUCAGACAGCGAAUGCUUCUUUUUUGAGGAUGGUGAAUGUGAGGAUGAUGAUGGAGUGGAAGACUCAAAAGGUGGAAUUCAGGAAAUCCAGUCAGUGAAAAUUGAGAGCGAACCCCUCAUCCUCACACAACCCUCAAAUGAGAGCUCCACCUCUACAGAAAGCUACACACCAGCCCAGCCAAUCACCUUUACAGAGAGCAUCAAUUCUGCACAGCCGUCCACUUCCCAGCAGCCUUUGGUUCAAGGUUUGUUCAAGCCCAAAAGGCCUUGUUGUGUUGCGAUGCAUACCCAGUAUCAGGACUUUCUAGAAAGAAUGCAGCAGGCACAGAACACAUGGCUGGAGCAUCAGCUGGAACAGAGUCAUGCGAGAGAGGAACGCCUUAUUUCUCGAGUACUCACUGAACAUACACGUUCUAUGGAGACCUUAGUCAACCAGCUUUUUGCAGGGUUGAAAAGCCUCCUGCCAUCUCAGUCCAAUUCAAACCCCCAGCCUGUAUUUACAGCACCAGAGAUCCUCCAUACACCACCUCAACCUCAUGCCAACCCUGCAGAGCCGACAACAAACAUCUCCUGUCAUCCAGAAGAGCAUUCAGGUGGCCAAAUGUCAGAAGCUGUAAAGCAGCCUUCAGAGUGAUUCAAGACUCUCUAAACAUGGAAUGUUACGUUAUAGUUUUUCUCAGUCGCUUUUGGCACAUUUCUCAGGUCAGAAUUGAAAUUCUCAAAACUACUGUGUCGAGUUUCUUCACCCUCAAUUUUUGGCCGAUUCAUAUUCUUUAUUUUAUCAGAUUUAUAUGUUCACUCCAGGAUCUAUAUGUGCAUGAAUGAAAUGCGAUUGUGACAUGAUAACAGUGUAGUUUCCAAUUGCUGAAGGUUCACGCCGUUCCAUUUAAACCUAUUCAGAUGUUCCACCAGGAGUGAUAAACACUUGUGUAACAUAUUCAGUGACGUACAUCGGAGGAAACAAAACAGAGGGAAUUUAAAAGCGGGAACUGGCAGACGUGCAACAACUUUAAUAAUAAGGUAAACAUAAAACAAAAGUCUUAAUCAAGAGCUUUUCAGAUUACACUAGUAAACAAUCGCUCCAUCAGGCUCGUGGCUCUCAACACCGUCCACACUAGUCACAGCUACCAAGCUAAUGACAGAGCUUGCAUUGUCGUUUUGACAUGUAGUUAAAUUUUUUUGAGAGGUGCGUAUCGUCAUUAACCACAGCAAGGGCAAAACAAAAUUGUAUCUUUUUAAAGAUGCAGUUUUCGUGUUGCAGUGUGGACUGUUAAAAUGGAGGCUUUUGUAAAUGAUGACGCAUUUUAGUCAUGUGAUUUAAUCAUGUGACCAAUUUAGCUAACAUGGUGCACUACAUUUUAUAGCAGAUGAUUUAAGCGCUGUCCAUUUUGACAGCUUUAUUUGAGAUAUAUGUCAACUUGUACAUGCUUCAUAUUGCCUCUUCAUAGAACAUGAAAUGUUUACGGGGAGCUGUUGUUCAGUGGCAGAAGCAGACCACAGUAGCGAUUUUGAGCAGUGUUUCAAAAUGUGCUGGUAAAUGCACCAUUGUGUGUGCGCAGUAUAUGAAUGAAAGUGUUUUCAGUCAUUUUAGAGUGGAUGACAGGAUGAACUGAAAACAAUUGUUUGGACAUGAAGCGUUUUUUACACGAUAAUGCAGUUUUUAUAUUUAACUGGCUUAGUACUUACUUUCUUUCCCUUGUUCCCUUGGGGGAAUCCCAGCCACCAUAUUAAAAUGCCUUCUACUUUGUCAAGUAAAUGGGCGAAGUGUACAUGGACAUAUCCUUCAUCCCUUGAUUUAAAAAAAAAAAAUUGACAACGAUAUCAUAUUCUUUAAUUUGUCAGCUUCAUUUGUCCACUCCAGCACCUAUAUGUACCUAAAUGCAAUCGAAUGGUAACAUUAUAACAGUGUAGUUUCCAAGUGCUGAAGGGGUUAGGGCGUUCCAUUUAAACCCAUUCUAGUAGUGUUCCACCAGCAGCGAUAAACACUUGUGUAACAUAAUCAAUGACAUACAUUGGAGGGAACAAGACACAGGGAAGGGUGAAAAAAAAAAAACUGCGUUUACAUGCAGAGUGGUUGAACAAGUUGUCAUAAUGUCUAGCACAUUUCUAUACCUUUCCAUUUAGCCUUUUUUUUCCUAUAAUGUCCUACUACUGUCUUAAGUUCACAUUUAUACUUUUACUUAGUUUUUUUUGUGCUAUCCAGUGUCACCUAUUCUUUUCUGUAUCUCAAUGUCUGUAUUUUACGGUGACUAGGAAUGGGCCAGUAUAAGAUUCUGACAGUAUGAUAACCUUGGAUAUCCCGGUUUCACGGUAUCACGGUAUUGUCAUUACUGCUCUAAAAUAUAUUCUUUUUAAAUGUCUGGGUAAAAACAAAACACUUUUCCCCCCUUUGAAAACAUUAUAUUAUAUUUUUUGAAAAAUGUGUAAUAUUUUAGAGCAGUAAACAUGUCAGGCUAAAUAAUUCAAAUGAAUUAUUGAUUUCUGCUGUCUUCAUUCAUUUCAAUUUCUUUACAAUUUAAAACGGCAUCUGUGGAUAUUUUUUCUGCUAAAGAGUUGUCAUAAAAAAAAGUAAAUAAAAAAAAUCUUACACGUACCUUAUGAACGGUAUUGCAGUAAAUUUUGGCGGUUUUAAAACCUUGACUUUUCAAAACCACAAUAUACCUUGAAAAUUGUUAUCGCCCCAUCCAUGCCUAACAGUGACCAAGAGAGCUUAACAAGUUGCAAUUUAAGAAAGCACAUGCAAUUAUAAAAAACAGGCAAACAAAGAAACGAUCUUUAUCAAUUUGACAGCACACAUGUUGCAAAUUCCCAAAACACGAACGACUGAAGAAAUGCGCUGCAAAUUGGUCACAACACAAACAACUGAUGAAACGCGCUGCCUGCAAUAAGUCACAACACUUGCAAAUAUCCACAACGGAAAUGUUUCAGUGGGUACCGAAACCAUGACGGGCCCUGCUGAGAGGUGGAUGUUAUUAUUUUGUGUAAUAAGGAUAUUAAAAUAAACGAAAAACAAUUCGCCUUUCAAAGGCACUUCACUGAGCAACAUUCAUGACAUAACACAUCCAGCAGGGUCCCUCAUGGUUUUGGGUCCCCUUGAAACAUUUCCGUUGUGUAACAUGGAUGUUUGCAAGUGUCUUGACUAGUUGCAGUGCGUUUCUUAAGUUGUUUGUGUUGUGACCAAUUGCAGCGCUUCAGUUGUUUGUGUUGUGAGAAUUUGCAGCAUGUGAGCUGUCAAAUUGAUGAAGAUUGUUUCUUUAUUUGCUGCUGUUUUUCAUUGGUAAUUGCAUGUGCUUUCUUAAACUGCACGAUAAGCUCUUUCAGCCAUUGUAGUGUUGCAAUGUCAGAAGAAAAAAAAAUAACAUGGUCUGUUGACAAACAGUAAAAGCAUUAAUGUUGUCAAGUCUCUCGUAAUCAAACUCCCACAUACACUAAUAUCCAACAAUUUGCAGUAGCUGUCAUCAAAGAACAUCCAGACAAAAGUGUAAACUUAUAUUGACAACAUGACUGCGCUUAUAGGGCGGAUCAGCAAUGCUCAUUCAUACACAACUGCUUGUCAUUCUUAUGUUCAUAUGUGAGAGAUGUCCUAAGGAUUUUGUAUGUAAUCCAUGGUGUUUUGCUGUUUGUAUGAGUUGUUUUAAGAAAUACACUUACUGUUUUGUACAUGUCAAGAAUGAUUUGAGAAAUGUACCGAAACGACUGUAAUAGGAAACUGUAAUAGUAAUGUACUGUUAGUCAUCUUGUGUGUUUUCUAACGUUUUAUGUGACAUUUAUGACAACAUAUUUUCCAAGCCUGCAAAAGCAAACUAGUUUCAAAGUGCGUUUGUGUUUUUGAAAAUCGUACCAUAGUUCUCUUUAUGUAAACUGCUCAACUGUGUGAAAAAUGUCUUGUGUAUAGUAUACUGUAUGAGCGCACAAUCUUGACCACAUAAACAACAAUGGCGAACUACAGGAACAUAUUGUCACAGGCAUACAGUUUAUGUAUGUCAAUUAUUAAACCUCCUGUUAAAUUUUGAUUCUCAUAAAUUUCCCAAGUGCUGUUUAAUAGGAUUUUUUUAACAAUAAUUCUAAUAACUAAUUUCUUUUGUCUUUGCCAUGAUGACAGAGCAUAAUAUAUUACUAGUUAUUUUGCAAGAUACUAGUAUUCAUCUUAAAAUGCAACUCAAAGGUUAGGUUGUUUAGCUGAGUCAUUGGAUAACAGUGGUUUGUUCUGUAGCCAUGCAUUCGAGAGAGAGAAAUCUUAAAGUGGCUGAUAAUAUUGAUCAGGGUACCCAAAAAAACAGGGUAUCCAGUGGUCUUAAAAUGUCUUAACUCUCAAACGCUAACUAAAAAGUGUUAAAUCUA